UGGGGAGUAAAAACUGAAAUAGACAAUGUCAGGUUGGAAUAAUAGUGGAAAUAACUAUCCUAGUGGAACAGAUAAUUAUCCCAAUAAUAAUAGUGGUCAAGGAAGUAACAAAACGAAGAAAAGCAGUGGAGAACUUGCCAAAGAUGGGUUAAAGGGUUUGGGAAUGGCUGCUCUGUCAGCGGGGAAAUUAGUUUAUCGCGGUGGCAAGUGGUGUGUUGAUAAAGUGGAAAACGUUGUUGAAGACCACAAGUCCAAAGGAAGCAAGAGCGGUGGUGGAGGUUCUGGUUAUUCCAGGUGAAACGGUAUCGAUAAAUGGACAGAGUCCUCGUGUUGAAUACUUACAGAAUAUCUCGAUAGAAUUGGCCCCUUGUAGUACUUGAAUUGCUUUUGUUAUCUAAAAGUAUCGAUUCUUUGAGUUUGUUUUUCUUUUUGUAUUAAAAAACACUGUUGUUGUUGUUGUUUGGUUAUCAACUGUAGUUUCACUUGACGAAGGUUGAGAGAAAAUGAUGAUGGGAUUGUUGGUGGGUGGGAGUUGUUGUUGGCUUUUAUUGUUGUUAUGUCAAAGUGGUUUCAAAUUUUCCAGUUGUGAACACAAUCUAAGCAUAGAUAGUGAACUUUCAAGGAUCUUUCGUUGUCAAAAUGCCAAUUCUCCUCAUUUUGUAUUGUUUUUUACGAUAUGGAAAAGACUUUCUCUCGUCAGGCUUGUCAUUCAACACCACUCCCAACUAAGACAACACUUUCGUGGAACCAUCUCUUUAUGGCUCGUAGGUUCACAAGGAAAGCUUUCAAAUCAACUUGCAAACAACUUGUCUGGAGUUUAUUAUACGGAAUGUCCCAAUUAUCCCAUAUCUGAUAAACACAACUGUGGACUA